UUUCCAGAGAUAUUCAGAUGCGACUUUGAGGACCCACGCUCGUCACUCUGCGGGUUUAGGGUUCAAUUCCCCCAGAAGAGCUUAGAGCAUCGGGACGAACAGUGGGACGUGCGGCGUGCCUGGGCGAGCAGGGGUGGACGAGAUGGGCCCACUGCCGAUACUACACUCAACACCCCUCAAGGGUCUUAUGGGUACACCAAAGCGACGAACCAAACCGGAAGAUAUUUCUACAGCUUCCGGGUGAUGAUAGUGUCUCCGAGUCUGGUCCUGUCGAGUGGGCGUGGUCGAUUGAGCUUCAGCGCUUACCUCUGGACCCACCUCCACCCCGUACGGAAAGCCGACAACCUACCAACGUUCCGGGUGCGAGGGUGUGGCGACGAGAUUAGCUGGUCGUUGCAGGGACGCACGGCUGCCUGGCAGGAGGUUGACAUUACCAUCAACUGCAACAAGACGUUUCAGUUGGUGUUAGAGGCCAUUCACCGGAUGCCGGGGUCAAGUGUAGCUGUGGACGAUAUCCGAGUCACAAGUAUGCUUGAUCUUAAGGAUCAUUUUCAGAACAGAGUGACGUCAUCCUCCUUCGACCACUAUGACGAAACAUUCACAUCACCUCCUACUACAACGACAGAGGGAAACACGGUCGGCAGGUCCCUUCUUAUCACACUAUCUGGACCAACUAUCGGAGCUAUAGUCGGCAUCAUCCUCGUCAUCCUCCUACUCAACCUCCUUAUCUUCAUCAUCCUCAGAUUCAAGGUAAAAAAUGGGAAAAGAAGACAGGCAAGUCUGAGGCGCCAGAGCAAAGCCCAAAUCGAACAGCCGCACGAUACCGAAUCGGCUAUCAAGAAGGACCCCACCCCUAUAGAUCAUCUGAAGAUGCGCUACAUCGAUGAAGACAACUAUAUCGUACCCGAUGAAGGUUUCUGUACCGACGACUUGGAAAAUACAUGCGAUUCCUUCAUGGACACAUCCACUUCCUGCGACACUCAUAGAUCUUCUGAAACGCACUACACCGGAUUGUCACUUGUUCGGACGUCCUCGAAAGAAGGGUCAUGGGAGAACCGACAACAGGGAGGUGAGAAGAUGGGCUCUCUGGAGCAAGACCAGCCUCCAAGGGAGUAUUCCGUAAAACGAAAAGCACCUCUGAAACCAGUGUCGUCUCUGCGCUCUGAUGACGGAAAACCCGAUUCGCCACCGCCGAAGAAACCACCACUGAUACCGAACCUUCGCAAGGAAACGCGGACGUCAGACUCUGUGAUAUUUAACCUUCAUGGUAGGAGAAAAGAAUCCUUAGCUCUUGAGCUGCCAUUGUCUCCUAGAGGAGGCGGUAGGAAAGAGUCUUUGACUCCGGAGGCUGUGAUUUUUAAUCCUAGUGGUAGAAGAAAGGAAUCAUUGACCCCUGACCUGCCACUGUCUCCUAAAGGUGGUGGACGAAAGCAGUCUUUGACGCCGGAGAUUCCUUUGCCACUGUACAAAAGAAAGGAAUCCCUGACUCCAGAGAUCCCCGUCAUGCUAGUCACUGGCAGACGCAAAGAAUCGUUAACCCCAGAAAUACAAGGUGCACCGAAAAUUGGCAAACGGAAGGAAUCGUUGAUACCCAAAGACGCAGAAGUAUUUCCAGAUGUUGGUAAACGAAAAGAAUCCUUAACACCCGACACACAAUCCUUGACGCCGGAUAAACCUACCAUUUUAGUUCCGGGCCGACGCAAGCAGUCCCUCACGCCAGAAGCGCCCUCUCCUGUGCCACCAACAGGCAGGCGCAAGGAAUCUCUGACUCCAGAGACACCUACAAUGCCACUUCCCGAUAUUCCUCGCAUCAUACCCCCAACGAUACAAGUCAGCAGCGAUGUCUGGUCGUCCCCAGGAUACACAGAGCUAUCCCACACCAGAAAAUCCAUCCGCAAGGAUUAUGAAAAUGCGCAGCUCGAUAAAGUAGACCAAAGCGAUAAGAACACAACACCAAAGAGCAAUUUAUUGAAUGUCAGCCAGGACGAGACUGGCUACCUCACGCCAUCAGGACUAUCAACGGGUCUCCCCUUGUAUGAGUCCGCAGAUCCCGUGAAGUUUGCGAGGGAACGGGCAAAAAGAAGCACCAGGAAACUCAUUCACGAAUACCACGAUCUUAGUCACUCGAACAAUAAAUCCCAUCCGCAGUAUGAAUCGUCGGUAAUAAUGGCUACAACUCCUCCAAAACGAAUGCAAAUAUCAACCAUAUGGGACACAGACUCAGACUAUGAAGAACUGCAUAUCUAAAAAUGCAAUCAUGUCUAUAUAUUUUCUAAUUAUGGACAGUGGAUGAUGUUGAUGAUUGUAGCCUAGUGUUAAUGAGAGCAUGAUCAUUCUAAUUAUGUAAUGAAGAAACGAAGAGGUUCACCUAUGCAAUAAUGUAUUUUUUAUCUAUAUAUUAAUGUUGGAUCAUUGAGAAUACAACUUUCUUUUCAGGUGCCGUUUCAUAAAGCUGGCCGUAAGUUAAGAGUGACUUUAAAAACGACUGGUGAUCCCUUCUUGUGUUAAAUGAUAUCGACCAUUAAAUUUUCAUUGGUGAUUAUUUAGAGCGUAAGAGAGGUUCACCAGUCGUUCUUAAAGUCGCUCUUAACUUACGAACAGCUUUAUGAAACACCCACCUGGAUACUAGCAGAAAUGUUUCAGAUAAGAUUCAAAGCAGCUCAAAUCGAUAGUCAGUAUAAAAAGUUUUAUGUUUUCCUUCAAAUUGGUAGAUACUCUGUUAAAAUACUACUACUGGAUUAAUAGAAAAGUGACACUGCUUAUCAUACUCGUUAUCGUUCUCAAAGAGAAAAUAUAUUUGGUAUCUACACGGUAAAAACACAGAUAGGGGUGGCGAUCCAAGUUUUGCUUUGGGGAGGAGGGGGUAAAGUGAAAAUGUCAAAAAUUUAUGAUACAGAAUUGCGCGCCGAAAAUGUGCAAUUUUGUAUGUGUUUUAGUAUUCGUAUGACUUUAAUACCUUUCUAAUGGUUUCCAAAGCUUUUUACUUGCAUUGCAUAUCAUGAAUUUUUCAAUUUGUCAAUAUCAUUUUGGGAAUUGGUGUCCCCUCCUCAUAUUUUCAAGGGGGCGAGACGCCUCUGACGAUAGAUAAAGAUUUCAGUCCACUUAUUCGAUUUUCUUUUUUUUUUUCUACGAAACUUCUGAUUUAAUACAACACUUCAGGGCUAAUUGAUCCUGUUUAAUUGAGUGAGGACAUGUUUAAUGUCAUUUCGAUCUUCGAUGUAUAGGUGAUCCAAUACUAAAGUCAAAGUUAUGGUGUGUCGAUUGUCAUUCAUACUUUGUAAAGUGUGGGAUGCAAUCAAAUACACAAGGUCGGGUAUGAGACUCGGUAUUCGGCUUCAGUUAUUUUCUGUGAAGAUGACGAACGACCUUACAUGAAAAUAAAGUGCCUGUAAAAAUACUUCGGGCAAUUCAACGUUGUAGAGAAAGAGCCGUUUCUCAUAAACUGAGGCAGUGUGUAUGUACUUUAAUUUCUUUGUACAUAAUGUAGAAAGAAAACAAACCAAAUAUAUGUAUAUAUGAUUAUUUGUAUAUUCUUACUAUAGUUCAUACAGCACAUUCUGUAAUAUGGCGUUAGAAUAUGAAAUAUUAUUCAUUAGGUUAUACUUAUAGAAGUGUCUGAAUGUAGAUAUGAAAAAGGGGAAAUGUGUGUUAUAUGACUCGAUAUUAAAAGAGUAAAACUCUUUAACAUUUCUUUGAAAAA